UGGAAUAGCGGACGUGGGACUCAGACUAACGUCGCCCAGAUAGUGAAAAUUAGACUAUUAAUGCGUGAAUUAAGCUGGUAAAGUGAGCUUCCACACUCCGCAGAACACAGGGAGUUACUAGUUUCUGAGGGUGAAGGUUCUUAUGGGGAAAUCCGUGAAAAUGAACUGACGUUAGCCUGCUAGCUUCAGGAAGCUAACGUGAACAGACAUGGACGAGGACCUGCUGCUGGCCAUCCGGCUGCAGGAGCAGUUCGACCGGGAGGACCGGGAGGACCGGGAGGACCGGGAGGACCGGGACUCGGGCCGCAUCCUGGAGGCCGAGCCGCCGCUCUCCAUCGUGGACCAGUCGUGGGAAGUGCUGGACCCGAACCCCGAUGUCCGAGCCCUGUUCCUGGAGUUCAACCAGCGGUUCUUCUGGGGGAAGCUGAGCGGGGUGGAGGUGAAGUGGAGCCCCAGGAUGACCCUGUGUGCUGGAGUGUGUUCGUACGAGGGUCGAGGUGGUCUGUGCUCCAUCCGGCUCAGCGAGCCUCUGCUGAAGCUACGGCCCAGGAAGGACCUGGUGGAGACACUCCUCCACGAGAUGAUCCACGCGCUGCUGUUUGUGACCCAGAACAACCGGGACCGGGACGGCCACGGGCCCGAGUUCUGCAAGCACAUGAACCGGAUCAACCAGGCCAGCGGGACCCGGAUCACGAUCUACCACAGCUUCCACGACGAGGUGGACGUCUACCGGCAGCACUGGUGGAGGUGCGACGGGCCCUGCAGGACCCGCAGGCCCUACUACGGCUGGGUGAAGAGGGCCAUGAACCGGGCCCCGUCCCGUCUGGACCCCUGGUGGGAGGAGCACCGCCUCACCUGCGGGGGAAGCUACACCAAGGUCAAAGAGCCCGAAGGGUACAGCAGCAAGAAGGGCAAGAAGAAGGAGGAGGGCAAGACGGAGGAGAAGAAAGACAAGGCUGGAAGGAAGACCUCUACCACAGGUUCUGGAUCGCAGGACAUCAGGAACGUCCUGCCGUUCAGUGGGAAAGGUUUUGUUCUGGGAGGGAACUCGCCUUCCUUCAGAACGCCGUCGUCCACCGUCUCCUCCUCCUCCUCCUCCUCCUCCUCCUCCUCCUCCCCCUCCCCCUCCCCCUCAGGGGGAAGACCACCGAUGAAGACGUCUGUUGGGAACACCACAGCGUUCAUCAACAUCAACGGUUCUCCAGUGAAGAUCCCCAAAGCCCAGAGAGGCUCUGGAGCGACGGCAGAUCGGAGUCAGCAGAAGUCUAUCGAGGAACUCUUCAGGAGCCCGACGAGUCAGCCCGGCGCCACCAAGGACUCCUCCAUCAGUAGAAAGGUCUCCUCCCCUCAGGUGAAGUUUAGUCCUGAUAAAACCAAGCAGAAGUCCAUCACAGAGCUCUUCAGGAACCCCGCUACUCAGCCAGAUGCUAAAGACUGGUCCACGACUCCCCCCCGGGUCUUCAGUCCCAGUAAACCCCCCAGCAGCCCGGCUGGACCCACGCAGUCCAGGUACUUCAGGGACUCGCCCGGCGGAGCCACGUCAGGGGUGGAGGCUGGAGGGUCCACCUCCAGGAAGAGGUCAUGGGACCAGGCCAACGUCUCCGACUUCUUCCACAGCGCUUCAGACGGCCAAUCCAGGGACUCCAUCAGCACUCCUGCCGCCGCCGCCUCCUCCUCCUCCUCCUCCUCCUCCUCCUCCUCCUCCUCCUCCCUGAUGGUCAGCUGCCCCGUGUGCCAGGUCAAAGUUCAGGAGUCAAAGAUCAACGAGCAUCUGGACUCCUGCCUCUCCUGAACCUGUUCUCCUGCAGGGAAACUGCGUUCCUUUCAGAGUUUUCUGGGUUUACCUGCAGGUUGUUGAAUAUUUAAUGACCAGAGAAGGUUUGAGGCCUCUUUACCAGCAGAGGGUUUGUGCCUUACUAGAGUGGUUCCAAAGCCAAGGUCUGAGACCCCUUUCAAGGGCUCCCUGAGAUCUGAGUAGGGUCUGAGGUUCUUGAAAUCUGUCGUGUUGAACGAACCGCCAUAAAACAGGAAUCCGCCCAUCGUCUUCAUUAGAAAGGGUUCUGUUGACCAGCCAGAUCCUGAAGAGUGGGCGUGUCCUUACUGGGGCGUUUUGGCCAAUCAGAGGGCAGAAACAGGGUUCACAGUUUGCCGUUCUGUUCUGACUGUUAAGGUUUUAUUCGUUCCUGUCUGGUGGCUGAUCCAAUGUUCUUCAUUUAGAGGUACAGUUUACAAUUUUAUAAAAAUGUUCAUAGCUCUUCCUGGUGGAACUGUAACCACAGGUUCUGUCGUUUCCUUAAAGCUACACUGUGCUACACCUCUGAUGGCGUUGUGGUGGUGGUGCUGAGGCUGCUAACUAGCUAGCUGUUGCUAAUUUUUACCACUGAGUCUGUCCUGCAGGAUAAACAGUGAACACAACAGAAGCUGGAGCUCUUUGGAAUUCACUGCUAAAAACAUUCACUGCUGCCGCCCGAUGGAUGAAAGUGGUAUUACAAAAACAUGAAACAUUUGUUGGCCGAUUUUUCUUUUCUCUGUUAAAACAUUAAAAUGUUUUACUUUUAUUAUGUUUGUUGAGAAAUAAAAUAUCUUGAAUUCUU